CCAGACGAAGAAAGAAGAAGAAGAUUAUUAUUGUAGUAGCCUUCAGACCCCCUUCCACUCACUGUCCUGUCUGUCACAUGUUGGAUAAUGGAUGUAAUGAGUUAAAGUGAGUUAGUUUGUGGGCUAGAGGCACAAGAAGCAGGCUCUCUGCGGACAUGUAUUAGCCCUGGUACUUCAUUAGCUGUGACUUCAGGACUGUGCCAGACUUUGGAUGGAGUCAGCACCCAAGCUUUCAUUAUCUUGUGUAGUCACAGCGAGGGACCUCAGGGUUCGGGAUUCAGGUCAUACUGUACAUCAGCGAAAGAAGAAUGGUCAAGUAUUUCUGUAAUAGCGCAGACAUCAGGAGUACGUGGGACCAUGUUGUCUCUGCUUUUUGGCAGAGGUAUCCUAAUCCAUUCAGCACCCAUGUUCUCACAGAGGACGUUGUCUACCGGGAGGUGACUGCGGACCACCGGCUCCUCUCCAGACGCCUCCUGAUGAAGACCAAUCGGCUGCCUCGCUGGGCGGAGCGGCUCUUCCCCUCCGGCAUGUCACGCUUCGUGUACAUCAUUGAAGACUCCAUCGUGGACCCUGUCAACAGGAGCCUGACCACCUACACCUGGAACCUCAACCACACAACUCUCAUGUCUGUUGAAGAGCGCUGUGUUUUCCAGGACUCAGCGGAGCAGCCAGCCACCACCCAGUUGAGGAGGGAAGCGUGGAUAUCCUCAAGUGUUUACGGCUUCUCCAGACCUAUUCAGGAGUUUGGAUUGGCCCGUUUUAAGAGCAACCAGGUGAAGGCCAUGAAAGGGCUGGAAUACGCACUGUCCAACAUACAGGGAGAGGUGCCCCAGCGGCUGCUCAGGGACACAGUGAAGGACGCAUCAGAGAAGGCCAAGGAGGCAGCCAAGAGCCUCGCCUCAGCUGCUACUGUCCCACAGAAACCGCAGCAGUACGUCUGACAGGACAGUAUGUGAGGAACUGUACAGGUGACAUGGACUCAACACACUGCCUUUUCGAUCAUCGUGACUAGACCGAGGUUUUUCUUGGAUCUCACUGUUUAUUCUCUUAACACAGCAAACUGUUCUCUCUCUCUUCUCUCUCAGCUUUCGUUAAAUCUCAGGUCCUGAGUCUGUGUGAAACAUAUUGCCUUUGUGGAAACUUUCAGAUUGUGACCAGCAGCACCUUUUAAUGCUGUAACUAUGUCAGAUGUAAAUGCAUAUUUUCAUGUCUUUGCCAUAUAUUUAAUGUAUCUAUUUUAAUAUACAGUAAUAAGCUUAUUUUCAUGCACUGAUAAAAAUCCGCUUGAACAAGGAUGGCACUUUUACUUACAUUGAUCAGCAAGUGAUAUAUUAUUCUGCUUUAGGUAUUUGGUCCAGCCUAAAGUUCACAUUAGACCACUUUUAAUGCUGUGACGGUGUACUUUUAAUUUCACUAAUGGAAGGAUUAUGAAUUUAAUGUGCAUGCAGGGGCUAUUUAAACAGCGAACCUUGGUGUAUGUUCCUUAUUUAACCUUUUCUGGUUGUCCUACUCUACUACACUUCCCACUUUCAGCACACAGUAUGUGCUACUAACAAUCUAUUCUUUAAUAUUGUGCACAUAAAUCAUAGAAUGAAGUAUAAAUUCUACUGGUUAGUCACUGCCAGCACCGCCUGUUCUGAAGAGUUGAUGAUAAUCACAAGAUACCAAAGUGACUUAUAUCAGAAAAAGUCAGAAUGAGUAACGUUUUCACAGCUCUGUAAUGUGAUUAGCCUUUAACAGUAUGACUGAAGUGCGUUAGUGAAAAUGUUUUAGAUCAUUUCAAUCUGCCUGUUGAUACGAAGCUGAAGUAGUGAUGAAGGUGAUACUAUAAACAUUUCAGUGAUUGCAUUCCCUUUAAGAUGGAAUUGUCUGGAUUUUUCUGCUGCAAGACUUGAAUUACAGUUCACAAAUAGUUCAUAUGAUGUAUUUUGAAAAAUUAUUUAGCAUUAAGCAUUUGUAAAAUAGAUUUAUUUUAAGGAGAUAGUAGUGAGAUGUUCAAAACAAAAAAAUGUAAAAACAGAAUCUAUUGGACUUGUCAACUUGAAGAGUUGAACACAUUUUGUCACUCAUGGAAGAACAGUUUCAACCAACCCUGCAAGUUAAAGUCCAGUGUUUGUUGUCUUGUGUUUUUGUUUGUUUUGUUGUCAAAUGUAAGCUUUAAUAAAAUUUGCUAAGUUAUUGAUUUUA